UACACUAGCACUUGCAGCAGCUAGCUCUAGCACGCAGUUAACUAGACACAAAGAUCGAGAUCCAAGAGCAGUAGUUAAGGAGGAAGAUGCCGCAGACGCCAUCGACCCGUUGGUGCCCGACGCCUGAGCAGCUGAUGAUCCUGGAGGAGAUGUACCGGAGCGGCGUGCGCACACCUAACGCGGUGGAGAUCCAGCAGAUCACGGCGCACCUCGCCUACUACGGCCGCAUCGAGGGAAAGAACGUCUUCUACUGGUUCCAGAACCACAAAGCCCGCGAGCGCCAGCGUCUCCGUCGCCGCCUCUGCGCCCGCCACCAGCAACCCUCCUCGCCGGCGGCUCCUCCUCCUCCUCCUCCUCAUACUGGUGCUGCCGGUGGCGGAGGCAAUGCUGCUGGUGCUGGUGCUGGCGUGAACGCGAUGCACCCCGCGGUGAUGCAGCUGCACCAUCACCACCACACAUACGCUACCAGCUGCUUCAUGGCGCCUCAGGGCUACUUGCAGCAGGAAACAGCAGCAGCAGGAGCUCUUCCAGUUUCGGGGUUGGAGUUUGCAGGCAAGACAAGCCAGCAGCAGGAAUGGAUGAUGCAGCAGCAGAUGGUGAUGGACAACAGCAACAUUAACAACAGUGUAGCAGCAGCUGGAGGCAGCUCCGCAGCGGCCGGCGGUGGUAUGAAUAAUAUGACCCCACCGCCAUGGCCAUGCUGCCGGCCGCUCAGAACCCUAGAGCUCUUCCCUACAAAGAGCACCGGCGGCGGCCUCAGGGACGAGUGCAGCAGCUCCAAGUCCUCCUCUUGUUCCACCUCCACAAACUAGCUAGCUUGACAUGAUCUCUACUUCACUAUAUAUUAUCUCUAGCUAAAGUUACCUGUGGGUUUUCCUGGUGAUGUGUGCGUUUUUAGUUUUAUUUUAGUUAUUCUUAUGGACCUGCUCUCCUCUAAUACGGUGAGCAGUGUGUUGCUUGUGUUUGACUUGACGCAUUGAUGCUAAGUAUUUUGUUUCCUAAGUUGUGCCGUUGAGUUUGUAAGCCCAGCGUGUUGCUAGUUUUUGUAACAUGUAUCCACUACUUGUUAAGUUGCU